GCAUUCUACUGUGCUGGUACGAGUACUCGUACAUACAGCUCCUCCCACCGUUAUGGUCCGAGAAUCCCCAAAUCCCGGGUGCUGCUUUGCUGUCUGAGCCUAAAAAAUACCCCCUGCUCCCCCCGUUUACCAUCCGUUCGUUAUCCCCUACGGUACUUUUCUAAUAAACAUAACAUAUACAGCCCAAACUUUCCAGAGUUUUCUAUCCUUGGUCCGAUCAUAUUCUUGGGCUAUCCUCCUGUCGUUGCAACAAUACGGAUACCAUCGCCCCGCCGAGGCUCAUCAUUCUCCCCCAACCUCGCUACAGCCUGGAGGAUUAUACCUAAAGAGUACUUUCUCCAAUCCUUUCGACCCCUUUAUUCGUGUGCCACGGAAAACGGGAGAGAGGAGGGGCGGGGAAGGAGAAGGCAAGAUUAGGGAUCAAUAGACUGCAGAGGGGAAAUCGUACUGCGUUCAUCCACCCUUUCAUCCUGACUUGGUAAUCCUGCCGGAAUUAAUAAUUCACUGCUAGCAGAGGCAACAUCAAGAUAUUCGUUGCCUCCUGCAUGAUUUAUUGCGCCUUUUCCCGUUUUCUUCUCCAAUUAUUCAACCAUGACCGAACGUCCUUCCACCGCCUCGAGCAGCCGCGCAUUCGCCCAAUCUUCCCCUUCGCUACGUCCAAACACGAGUAGUGGCCCCGGAAUCUCUGUGACGAGUUCUUCCCCAACAGGAUCGAGAACAACCCCCCCCCCUGAGCCCCGGAGGUCUUCUGUGGCCUCAUCCGCCUCUUCGCCUAGACCUAAAGCUAAAGGUCUGUACAUUUCCUAGUAGCACUACCCUCAUUUUCAAGGCACGUUCGACCCCUGGAUGUAGGUCUAACAUACUGCUAAGAUUCGAGUUCCACGAUCUGUCGAAAUAUAACCAUCUAUGGGUAUUGUCGAUUCCAGGACAAAGGUAGAGGGGGGGCUGCUUUGGUCGAUCUUUCGCAGGCUAAAGUCUCAUAGGUUGCGCAUUCAACCAUGACCCGCAUUCCCAGAAGCAGCAAUCUGGUACUGGUAGGGGCAAAUUCAAUGUAGAUUCCCCCUCUUUCACUCCGGCAACUCCUCCGAAAAAGACGAUAUCUCCGAAAACUGCAGAUGCGGCGCCCUUUACUCCCAAACAUAAUCAUAGUACUGGUAAUUUCAGUGAACGAAGAACUCUUCAUUUUGGGCAUAGAGAGCUGACGUGACAGGGUCUGCCACUCCUCCAAUUGCACAACAGCUCCAUGAUGCUGCAAACGGGUUCGUCUGCACAUUGCUCCACAAUUCGUGGGACACUAUAACUGAUUGUUUCUUUCGGCGGAAAGUUACUCUAUGGCUCCGGCGCUUGAUCCACAACUUUACCAUCACCAAGGCCUCCAACAUGGAUUUGAAAAUAUGGGAUUGGGCGAGAAUGUAUAUUCGCCUACGAGAUCACGGCGCAGGGCUGACAAAAUGAAGACUAAUGCAAAUGCGGCGAUGAAUGCGUAUGAUUUUACUGUUGGGGCGCCCGUGAAUCCAUACGCUCAAACGGGCGUCGACAUGUUUUAUCAACCACAACAGACGUAUCAACAUCCAGUUUUGUGCCCCUAACCCCAUACCACAUUCCCUCUGGAGUGGAUACGAUUUUGUUAACCUUCGGUUUUGUCCUAUCAAGCUCAACUAUCAUUUAUAUGCUCCCUUGGCCCCGUAUCCCCAGAAGCUACAACCGUUUCAGAAAAAUAUUCAUGGGUUUUUCUUGUCCGACAACCUAAGAGAGGAGCUCCAGAAAAAGGCUGAUGCUACACUCCAAACACUCCCAGGUAUCUCAGCCUUUGACUCGACGAAGAGACCCAGGUCUAUAAAUGAAAGCUGACAUGGGAUUUCCCGCGUCUGUUAAGCUGUAUCUUCAAUACUUCCCCCGUCAAUCGAGGAAUAUCAUCAGCUCGUUCCGCUUGACAUCUCUAACCAGAGGAGCGCACAGGUUUUUGGGUAUCCCAGCUGGGCCUAUAAAGCAUUUUCAUCUGAGGAUGGGAACGCCUAUGCGCUGCGGAGACUCGAAGGUGGGUACCUGUGGAAGUGGUGGAAGUGGUGGAAUCAGUUUGGGGUUGCUAACAUUCAACCCACCAAUUACAAGGCUUUAGGCUCUCAAAUGAGGCUGACAUCCGAAUUGUUCAAAGAUGGAGAAAGGUAUCAAGCGCUAAUAUUGUGACUAUACACGACGCUUGGACGACUACCAAAUUUGGGGAUAGCUGUAGGUCUCGUUCUAUCAUCUGAAUAGAUUCAUUUUCGGGCCCUAUUCCCACGACCUUGCUGCCACUUCUUCUGCCCCGAGAUUUGUAAGAGUCGUCCUAACACUUUACUUUACAACAGCUAUCGUCUUCGUCUAUAAUUAUCACCCUCUGUCCAAAACACUGGCGGAGACUCACUUUGGACCCAACCCAAGAUACCCGAAUCCUACGAGGCAGCAUCAACCCACGGGUCCAAUAGUUCCAGAACAAGUUCUAUGGAGUUAUAUUGUCCAAAUCGCUUCCGCAUUGAAGGUCAUACAUAGUGCGGGAUUAGCAGCCCGAGUGAUUGAACCGUCGAAAAUUCUGCUUACUAGUAAAAUGAGGUGAUUGCAUGGCAAUAAGUGACACUCGUGAGUAGCUGAACCUAACCAUUAUAUAAUAGGAUACGUCUCAACUGCUGUGGGAUUUUCGACGUCAUCCAUCCGGAGACUAUACGCAGCCAGGAGUCGGUCCGGGAGUGUCAACAAGAAGACCUUACUCAGUUGGGUCGUCUCAUGCUCUCGAUCGCAUGUAAUACUCCUUCAGCUAUUCAAUAUCCCCAGAAGAGCAUGGAUUACAUCGGUCGUCAUUACUCCAUUCAACUUCGGGACAGCAUUUACUACCUUUAUACCGGAUCAACGAAAAAUAUAGAUGAAUACGUGAAAUCUAUAGCCAACCAGGCCUUCCAGAAUUUUGACAGCGCUCUACACUAUGAAGACUCACUAGAGUCAGCGCUCUCUCGAGAAUUAGAGAACGGUAGGCUGGUGCGGCUUUUGUGCAAAUUCGGCUUCAUAAACGAACGGCCCGAGUACGACCAUGAUCCAAGAUGGAGUGAGACCGGUGACAGAUAUUACUUAAAGCUCUUUAGAGACUACGUGUUCCAUUCUGUCGACGAGAACAAUAAUCCUGUCGUUGACAUGGCCCAUGUUCUCACCUGUUUGAAUAAACUGGACGCUGGGGUAGACGAGAAGAUCAUGUUAGUUAGUAGGGACAGCAUGAAUUGUUUUGUGGUCAGCUAUAAGGAGGUAAGUAUCUCUGCAUUUCUUCUUUCCCCUCCCCCUAUGUAUAAUAGCUGAUUUCGUGGUCGAGUAGUUGAAACGACAAGUUGAAUCAUGUUUUCAGGACCUUAGCAAGUCUAGGCGAUGAAAUUUGGGUUGUUAUUAGCAAAGCAUCUCAGAUCCUUGAUGGUUCUAGCUGUUAGUUAUUAUUUUUCCUUCGUCAGGCGAGGGUUAGGGUAUCGCUACUUCAUUUUGGUGGUGUAUCAAAAGAGAGCCUUGCAUUAUGAGUUGGGAAGAGGGUGGGCUGUGGCCAAACUAGCAUUUCUUUCAGCGAGCCCGCGUUGCCUUUUGUCGCUUUCUCUAUCACUCUCACCGGUAGAGAUCCUGUAUGUAAUGAAAUUCGUUGUACACGUUAGUGCAGUACAUAU